CGUGGCUUCUGGGCAGUGCUGAUGCUCCUGGGGGUGGUUGCCGUUGUGACUGCAAGUUUUUUGAUCAUCUGUGCAGCCCCCUUUGCCAGCCAUUUUCUCUAUAAAGCUGGAGGAGGCUCAUACAUUGCUGCAGGCAUCCUGUUCUCCCUGGUGGUGAUGCUCUAUGUCAUCUGGGUCCAGGCGGUGGCAGACAUGGAAAGCUACAAAAACACGAAGCUGAAAGCCUGCUUGGAUUUCACCCCUUCCGUCCUGUAUGGCUGGUCGUUUUUUUUGGCCCCAGCUGGGAUAUUUUUUUCUUUGCUAGCUGGAUUACUAUUUCUAGUUGUCGGUCGGCAUAUUCAGAUACACCACUAAUUGAUCUGUUGCCACCAGCAUUUUCUUGAGAGAAUUUAAAACAGAACAUACUUUUUUUUUUUUUUUCAUUUUGUUUCAUUGAUCCCAGGGUAGAGUUAAUUGAUGUAAAUUUUUUGCUUGCUAUUUGAAUUAAGGAUUUUACCUGUGAUUUCCUCUGAUAGGAAGGUCCUAGACUCUCUCCAGACCCCAACAUGUUUCCAUCUUACCUAAGUGCUAUCAAGAAUCUAGUUCUUUAGGAAUCAAGUAACAUCCACCUCCCUUUAAUUGCAGGCUGCCCAGGCCAGAUAGAUAGUAUGACACCAUCGCAUGGGGCAGAUCAUGCUUUGGUUUAUAGUCACUUUCUUGGCUUUCACUUCCGCUACUCUGCAUAUGUAUAAAAAAUCUUUGGAGAAUAAUUAAGAAUGAAAAACAAAUGUUGCCGGUGUAAUUUAAUUUCGUUUCGUCUCCACACCGUUCGUAUCCACGUCCACAUUCACUGACUUUUGUGAGCAAAUUAUUCUUUCUUUAAAAAUAGAUAGCAGUUGUUUUUGUAGUGGGAUCCAUGCAAACUCACCAGUUAAAAUGGGCCACAACGAACGAUACAGAGAAUGUGCACUUUUACCAUCUUCUUACCAGCAGUGUUUUGGUUACCGAAUUUUAUUCACUUAAUUGUGCAUGCUUACAUAAACCUUAAACUAUAUUUAAAAGUAGCAAAUCUAUACAAUGGAAUUGUGUAUAAUGUAGAUUGGAUUUUUAUGAACUUACAAGGGGUUAAUUGUGUAUGUAAUAUGGUUUAAAAUAUGUAAAAACCAAGUACCAUAGCUUAGUACAUAAUUCUAUUUGAUAUUUUAAAAUUCUCAUUUAAAAGUUAUGUUGCUAAGAUGUUCAGCAUGUGAAAAUUUAUUGAUGAAAUGUGCUUUUAAUAUCCAUUAGCUAUAAACUUUUGAAAUACUUCCAUAUGAGGAUUAUAAUAGCCUUCCUUUAUUAAAGACUAUGAAAUAUUAACCUUUCCCAAGAUUUUAUGGAUUCCAGUUUUUCUGAUCAUUUGAUCCUCUUAAUUAUGAUUCCUCAAUUCUUCAUCUUUGCAAUAGGCAUAUUAAC